CCAAGUGCCCAACUAGGCGGUACCUGUUUGUAUUAGACCCCUUGAUCUUUUUCAUUCAUUUUUUUCCCUUCCUUUUAUUUCAGGAAUCCCUAAAAAUCAAUCCCCUUUUGUCCAUUUCUCGAAUCUCUUUCCUUCUCACCUUUAAUUUUUUUUUUCUCAGUUGAUUCCUUAAAGAGUAUUCUUCUUCCACAAUUGAAAGUUUAGCUCAGGUUCUUUAUGGCUUUCUGGGUUCGUCAGAAAUGGCUUGAUUUUUAGGAAAGAUUCAAUUUUGGAGUCUGUGGUUGGGGAACUGUGGUAUUUUACAUGUGGGUUUUGCUUUAUAUUAUUUAAUUUUUGGGCGUGAAGGAAGAUUUUCUCAGGUGGGUUUGUUCUGGGCUUUCUGAUGAGUAGUUGGAUGAUCAAGUUAAAGUACCGAUUUUGAUGCCUUAGCCUCUUAAUUAGAGAAUUUUUUGCAGGUGGGUUUUGGUUCUUGAGCUUAAUUUGUGGAGGUAUUUUUGCAGAAACGGUGAUUUGUUAUAUCUGGGAUUGAGACUUUUGUACUCUUUCUGGACGUUUUUUUCCAUUGGAUUCAAGCUAAUUUGAAGGGGAGAGAGAGGGUGGUGGAUGGUGGAGGUAGAAAGUAAAGAUGAAAAGAGGGAAAGAUGAUGAAAAGGCUAUGGGGCCUAUGUUUCCAAGGCUUCAUGUUAAUGAUACAGAGAAGGGAGGGCCAAGAGCUCCUCCAAGGAACAAGAUGGCCUUAUAUGAACAGCUCAGUAUUCCGUCCCAGAGAUUUAAACAUGGGGUGGUGCCUAUUAACUCCAACAGCAGUGCCAAUGGGAUCCCUCCUGUUUCUUCAAGCCAGGGUAAUGGACAGCAAAUGGGUGCGUUUUGCUCACAUCAGCUGCCUCUUCCAGGACAAGCCACUGAGAAGUCAGCUAGCAAUUACUCUGAUUCAAGUGCUCCAUUGAUGCCAGUUGAGCAGAAAAAGAAGCAAGAGGAAGAUGAUUUUCGGGUUCCCAUCUUCAUGCAGUCCAACAUGGGCCAAGACCGUGGUAAAACUUAUAGCAACAUGGAUAGAGGAAAACUUUUCUCCUCCAGUCCUGCUUAUACUGAGCAUUCAACGAAAAUUGUGCCUGUCGCUGACAAUGAGCCAAGGCAGACUGUAGAUAUUGGGCCCAGUGUAAGGCAAGAAGGCAGAAGUCAAAAUGAGGAGAACACAAGAGAAUCUAUGGGUGGUAGGGAGCAGUCAAUUAAAUCUGUCUCCAUCUCAUCAUCCUUAAAUAAGGCUGAAGUAGGUUUGAGGCAACCCGAGACAUACUUGCGUCCAGAGUCCAGAAAUAACAGUGUGGACAAGUGCAGUAGGUUUUCAAAUGCUGACCAUAAUUUAUUGCAAGAUCAUAGGGCCGAGACACAUUCCAAAAGCAGGAUACCUGGUAAUAAUGUCUUCGAUGAGCCUACAAUGGGCAUAAGCAAUCCAAAUUCUUCAGUGUCUAGGUUUGAUUUUCAAGCAGAAGAGGGGAGAAUUUUUGACGAUACAGAGUCUUGUGAAGACAAGACUUGUAGGUCAUUACCAACAGGAAUUGCAGAUAGGGAUGACGAUUCCUCUGAGACAUCUAUGGUGGAUUCCAUAUCCGGGUUGGAAAUAUCCCCUGACGAUGUUGUAGGAAUAAUAGGCCAGAAGCACUUUUGGAAAGCUCGUAGAGCUAUUGUCAAUCAGCAGAGAGUAUUUGCAGUUCAAGUGUUCGAAUUGCAUAGAUUGAUAAAGGUUCAAAGAAUGAUUGCUGGAUCGCCGCAUCUUUUGCUCGAGGACAGUGCAUACUUGGGCAAACCAAUUAAAGGCUCUGCUCCUAAGAAACUCCCAAUAGAUUACAUUGUUAAAGCAAUCCCAAAUGUUUCCAAGCAGAAAAAUGAUUCUGAGAAGCCAAAUCAUAAGAUUGAGUGCUCAGCUGAAAAUACAGUUGGCAAGGCAUCUCUUUCUUCUGUGCAGAAUGGUAGUCACCUGCCAAGCCAUAGACCAUUCUCAGCAAAUUCCCCUGCAACAGGUGACUAUAGCUCGGGUUCUUGGUGUUUCCCGCAACCCCAGGAACAUCAGUGGUUGAUACCCGUGAUGUCUCCUUCGGAAGGACUUGUUUACAAGCCUUACCCCGGGCCAGGAUAUAUGGCCCCUGCUUGCGGGGGUUGUGGGCCCCCAGGGUCAAGCCCAAUGAUGGGUAACUUCUUAAAUCCAGCAUAUGGAAUUCCAGCUUCUCAUCACUAUCAGGCGAUGGGUGGUGUUCCUCCAUUUGCUGCCCCUGCUGGGCCUCAGGGAUAUUUCCCUCCAUAUGGUAUGGCAGUUCUGAGUCAGGGUAUCACAGGUUCAGCUGGUGAGCAAAUGAAUCACUUUGCUGCGCCUGGUCCCUAUGGUCAAUCACCACGAUUGGGGCCCAAUUACGACAUUCAACGUCAGAACUCAAGUAAUGUGCCAAACCAGAAAAGUGGAGCAAUUCCAGAUGCUGUGCAGUUACAUUCAUCCAGAGAGAGUGAAUUACAAAUUAGUACUGCGAGUAGUCCAAGUGAGAGAGUGCAGGGAAGUGGGAGAGGGAAUGCUGCAGAAAGAGGCGAUGUUCUUCCCCUUUUCCCCACGACUUCAGUUGUUGAGGCCCCUUCCGGUCAUAUUCAGCAGCCUCGAGAGGAUUCUCACUCGGCUCGAGUGAUCAAAGUCGUCCCCCAUAAUGGCAGAUUGGCAACUGAAUCUGUUGCUCGCAUAUUCCAGUCCAUACAGGAAGAGAGGAAACAAUAUGAUUCAGCUUAGCUGUACUUUACCACUGUUCAGGGGUUCUUUGGUUACUUUGUAGUAAUACAUUUUGGUUGUAAUGUUUGUUAACUGAUAUUAUUUUCUUUUCUUUUUUUAAUAUUUUCUUUCUUUUGGAGCACAGGUGCUCCUGUAGAUAUAUACAAGUGUUGUAUCUGAAGGCUGCAUCAGAUCAAUAUUGAUUGAUUGUGCGCUGUAGCAGUUGUUUUCUUUUACUCUUUGUAGGCUUUCCUAAAUGUAUAAAUAGUUUCAUAUGUCUAA